AUGCCACCUGGCUCCUGGCCGAAUAAACUCCUUCCUCCAAUAUUUGGUGUCCUAGAGAUCCGUUUCCCGCAGGCGCUCCUGCUACAGCGCUUCAGGAAGCGCGGCUUAGGUGCAGACGUGGCCAAGUCCAAGAACCACACCACACACAACCAGUCCCGAAAAUGGCACAGAAAUGGUAUCAAGAAACCCCGAUCACAAAGAUACGAAUCUCUGAAGCGGGUGGACCCCAAGUUCCUGAGGAACAUGCGCUUUGCCAAAAAGCACAAGAAGGGCCUAAAGAAGAUGCGGGCCAACAGUGCCAAGGCCAUGUGUGCACGUGCCGAGGCCAUCACGGCCCUCGUAAAGCCCAAGGAGGUUAAGCCCAAGAUUCCAAAGGGGGGUGUCAGCCGAAAGCUCCAUCGACUUGCCUACAUUGCCCACUCCAAGCUUGGGAAGCGUGCUCGUGCUCGCAUUGCCAAGGGGCUCAGGCUCUGCCGGCCAAAGGCCAAGGCCAAGGCCAAGGAUCAAAACAAGGCCCAGGCUGCACCUCCAGCUUCAGUUCCAGCUCAGUCUCCUAAAGGUGCCCAGGGGUCUACAAAGGCUUCAGAGUAG